GUUUUGUCCAACAAAGCAAAUGCCACCAAUUGUUACUGUUGCUGCCAUGCUGUUAGGCGUUGUUUGACCAAUUCUUUCUUUUGUGUGUCCCCGGCUGGCUUAAUCAGAUACGUACAGAGCGUAGUGGCUUUUCCUUUUUUUUAUCCUUCCAGGUUGAUUGCUACAUACGGUUGCGACGAGAAUACCCGGUGUCGAUCGAAUUGAUUGAUUGAUUGAUUGAUUGCACCUUGACGACCGAACGGCGGCGCUUCUUCACGACGGGAUUAGAUUCGAGGGAACAGACAGAAGAGCAUGAGACGCUAGACAUCCCCUUUUGCGUUUCAACCCGCGGCGGCCAACAGCGCAACCAAGCGAGCGAGCGAGCGCAUCGCAAUUCCCAUUUACCUACCUCACAUACCACCGCGUCCACUUGAACAACUCCCACGAUGCGCCUCCUCUCAACAACAACCCCCAUCGUUGUCCUCCUCCCCCUCCUCUCCCUCACUACAGCCUACACCCCCCUCCCUGACUCCCUCCUCUCCUCCAUCACGCCCCCACUUCCAACAGACUUCGACAUUCUCCCCUCGCAACCCCUCUCCCUCCUCUCCCCGCUCCUCAUCCCCCGCGUCCCCGGAACGCCAGGCCAAAUCCGCGCCCAAGAACAUUUCAUCAAAUUCUUUACCAAAAACCUCCCCGAAUGGGAGAUUAAUUGGCAAAACUCCACCGGGACGACGCCCGUGACGGGGGAUAAGCAGGUUCCCUUUCAGAAUAUAAUACUCCGGCGGGAACCGCCCUGGACGAAGAAACGUGGGCCGGGGCAGGCGAGCUUGUUGACGCUUGUGGCGCAUUAUGACAGCAAGAUUGAGCCAAAGGGCUUUAUCGGGGCGACGGACAGUGCGGGGCCUUGUGCGGUGUUGAUGUACACCGCGAGGGAGAUUGAGAAGGAGUUGGUCAAGAUGUGGGGGGCACAAGAUGGGGGGAAGGUUGAGGAGGGGGAGGAAGGGAAGGGGAAGAGGGGGGAGGAUGUGGGGGUCCAGAUCUUGUUGCUGGAUGGGGAGGAGGCUUUUGAUAGGUGGACGGAUACGGAUAGCUUGUAUGGGGCUAGGUCACUGGCGCAACACUGGGAGGCUAACCCCUACCCGGCCAUGUCCAAGUUCAAGAACCCGAUGAGGCAGAUCAGCUUGUUUGUCUUGUUGGAUUUGUUGGGGAGUGCUAGUCCGAGGGUGCCGAGUUAUUUCCAGUCGACGCACUGGGCGUAUCAGAGGAUGGCGAGCAUUGAGGGGAGGAUGAGGCAGAUGGGGAUAUUGAAGACGAGUCCCAAGGAGCCGUUCUUGCCGGAUGGGGGAACGAAUUCUACGCAGUUUGAGAGUCAGGGGUUUGUGGGGGAUGAUCAUGUACCGUUCAUGGCGAGGGGGGCUCCGGUGCUGCAUUUGAUUCCUACGCCGUUUCCGAGGGUGUGGCAUACGAUGGAGGAUGAUGGGGAGCACUUGGAUACUGAGACGUUGAGGGAUUGGGCGAUGUUGGUGACGGGGUUUGUUUUGGAGUGGAUGGAUGUUGGGAAGGGGAAGUCAUAG